GGCCCUGGUGACGACAACGCUGCUCUUGGCGACUUUAGCUCUACCCGUGCUAUCUCGGCCACAAGAGAAAACGUUGUCGUCGGUUCCAACCAACUCUUCAGCAGCACCGAACGAUGAUAAUCGCAAUAACACUGCAAUACCGAGUGUUGUAGACUUGGAAAAACUUCCAAAUAAAACUAAGCACGAUUUGAACCAUGUGUGGGACCUGCAAUUGCAAAAAAUUCGACGCCAGGAACAAAAACCUCCAACCGAUGUCAUCAAAUUUUACCAGAAACCCGGUGCUGGGCGGUAUCUCUACGGUCACGAACGAACAGCUGACAAAAGAAGUCACUUGGAAGCAUCGAACGGCAAGGGACACACCGUGGGUAAAUACACGUACGUGGACCCAACAGGAAAACUGGUAGAGACACACUACUCCUCUGGUCCAGACGGCUUCAAAGUCGUCAGUAACAACCUUCCACAAGACACUCCCGAAGUUCAGAGAGCGAAAAAAGCAUUCUUCGCUGAGUUCGAUCAGAGAAAAUCGACUCAUCGUAAAAAGAAAACCAAGUCGACUUUAGGAGAAACCAAGGCUCAAACUCAGAGCUCAGUUGAUGGCAAGUCAGAUGCUGGCGUCGGGGCAAGACCUGCGGCGUCGUCUGCUAAGAUUAGGCUUCCAGGGGAAGUGGAGAAAAAACAUGAAAAACAAGUGGAAGAAGAAGAGGUAGAAGGUGGCGAGGAAACAGGAGCAGGCGACGAAGAAAAAGAAGGUCAAGAAGGGGAAGGAGAAGGAAACGAAAAAGAGGAAGAAGGGGGAGAAGAGGGAGAACAAGAAGAGGGGGAAGGAGAAGAGGGUGAAGGAGAAGAGGGUGAAGAAGAGGGUGAAGAAGAGGGUGAAGAAGAGGGUGAAGAAGAGGGUGAAGAAGAAGAGGGUGAAGAAGAAGAAGGUGAAGAAGAAGAGGGUGAAGAAGAAGGCGAAGAGGAAGAGGGGGAAGAAGGAGAAGAAGGAGAGGAGGAGGAAGAGGAAGAAGAGGAGGAGGAAGAAGAAGAGGAGGAAGAAGAAGAAGAGGAGGAAGAGGAUGAAGAAGAAGAAGAGAGCGAGGAGGAAGAAGAAGAAGACUCAUCUUCAUCAUCGUCGUCUGAGGAAGAUGAAGAUGAUGGCGCUGUAGGAGAGAACAACGAAGAUUCUGGAAACAAGGGGGGAGAAGUAAAGGAAACAGACGGAGAAGAAAAUAAGGAGGGUGAAGAUGAUGGCAGCAGUUCUUCUUCAGAAGAAAGUGACGAAGAAGAAGAGAGUGAAGAAGAAGAGGAAGAUGAAGACGAGGAAGAAGAGGAAGACGAGGAUGGGAAAAAAGAAGAUGGAGAAGAAGAAGGAGAAGAAGAAGGAGAUGAAGACGAAGAGGAAGAAGAAAGCGCUGAAGAUGAUGGUGAUAGUAGCAGUAGCUCGUCUUCCUCAGAAGAAGAAGACGAGGAUGAAGGACAAAAUUUAGAAGCUCUUGACGAGAAUUCACUGCUUCAGAAAUUCCAAAGUCAGUUUGGAGCCAAGAGCGGAAUGUUGAAUUCCUCGCCUGCUGGUGCAAGAUCGGCGCCCCUCAUGAACUCCGUCACGUCGAAGAGCAAUGCGAACGAAGCAAGUUCUUUUGUGCCAUCAGGUGCCAAUGAUAAAAACCUUCUCUACUCAUAUAAGACAAACAUUGAUGGGAAAUACAUAUCAUACUCAUCGCAGUGGAAGAACUCUGAGAGUUCUGCGAAUAAGACCAUCUUCGGUGCCAAAACCUCAUCGCUAAAAAAUGCACAAGCCGUGGACAACACUGUGACUGAAACUAAGCCUAUACCCAUCAAAAUAGAAAGUUCCAGCCAGGACACUUCCACCAAGCCCGGCCAGUCUAGCCCGGCUGUGAACGACAGGAAGGUGCUACCCAGCCGAGUCAUUCUCGUCAGUAGAAAGCUACUGGAUAGAAAUUCAUAACAUUUUGCGCGCCAUGGUGUUUGUUUUUGGCUUGUUGGAACUUUCAACUAUCGAAUUCGUCCAUUGAGAAAUAUCAUUGAAAACAUACCCAAUCAGUGAAUUGAAAAUUUUUCAUGUUUGUUAUACAAACACACGCGUUAAGCAGGUUAAUGCUGCCCUAUUUUCCAACCAGGCAUUAAAGAAAUGUGACAUGUACGUAUGUAACAUAAACGUGAAAUAAGUUUGGAUGUACAGAAAUAAGGUUGGAUAAAAAAUAUUUAAUAAACCUCUUUCGAUGUCACCAAAUUAUCCCAUGAAAGUAAAAUAUAUGCCAACCUCAUUGCAGAAUAGCAUGUUUUUCAACACUAAACAUUAAUUUGUUCACAAACCCAAGUUUACGAGUAUCUGGAUUGUCAAAUGAGUUCAGCUCGUUCAGUAAUCAACUUAAACCUAGACUUGAACUUGAAUGCAACUAAUCGCUUAAAAAUAGUGUACUUGCAUUAAAGCGAAUCUGUGAGUUUAGAGUCAUCAGAAUAAAGAUGAUCCUUACCUGGAUGUAUGCACACUGAUUAUUGUAAAGAGAUAGCAUUUUACUUCAAAUUGUAACUGAAAAAGUAAUGCACGGAUCAUUGUCUAAGUAGAUGCUACUCUGGAAUCUACUCUUAUAAAUAAUGUAAUUAUGUAUCAUGUAAUUUGUGAGAUUCAGAUGUAUUUUUGUAUAUGCAGCACGUAACUAUUAAUUGGAAAUUACGCUCCUAUUUCAUAACAUUUGGGAUUUUUAAUUUAAAUUUUGAUUUGUUUGUAAAAUAGAAUGAACUUUAUUUACCGAUACGGCAUCAAUUGUGACUUUCUUAUUCCUUGGGCACACUUGUUUUUGAGUCCAUGAGUAAUAAUUAAAUUUGAAUUUGGUAACUAUUGACGUAUCGUGUCUCAGGUGAAGAUAUUUUUUUCAAUUGGUGGAUUUGAAGCGAGAUAACGAAGAAAAAUUUUUGAUUGAGACGAGAUUAAGGUUAGUUUGUCCUGUGGUCACAACUCAUCAUCACAGCUAUUCAUCAUUGGGGAUGAAGUAAAGCUAUUCAUCAUUGCCGACGAAAUUAUGUGUUCAUCAUUGCCGAUGAAUUUAACGAUUCAUAAUACCGAUGAAUUCAGUAAUUCAUCAUUCCGGAUUAAUUCGGCAAAAUAAUUUCCGAUGAAUUAUGUUCUGCACGCAAAAUUAAAAAUCUACGUAAUUGCUGGUUGUUUGACGCAUGAGCAGAUAAUGCCUUUUAACCAGUAAUUUCUUGCGCAUGUGAUAAUUUUCUUAUUGAAGCCCUUUUUCAUUAUUCUGAUGAUGUUUUAUCGAGGUUCCCCUUCGCAGGUCAGGAAAGUUUUACAGUAAGUGGCUUCAUAAGAGACCAGCACUUAGUGCCCGUUAAUAGUACGGUAUUAUUAUGUUUAAUAAUAUGUUAUUACAACCCUGAGUGCCACAGCCCUUUAAUUCCCUUACCGCAUAUUAAAAAUAAAUCGAUUUGAAAAAAUUAAAUGAAGACCAAUAACGAAAUACUCGACUCAGGCCUCGCGCCAGCCUCCAAAUCAGUUUUGCAUGUCGAAACAAACGCCUAUAAGAUUUACGUCCACUCAAAGAAAUAAUUGAGACCUUUUCCGAAUAGUGAUGCGCUCUUUGCCCUCGUGUGAACCAUCUUGGACCAAUUUGGUCCAGCAAUAAAUGUGCAUCAUGGCUACAGGGAGAAAGUGUGUCAUUAUUUGGGCGACAUGACACUUACACUUUUCUGAGUGAGUGUAGAAGGUAUAUCAACAUGCAGAAAUGAAUAAUUCUUUCUGAGGCAAAGAUUCGAUGAAUCAUGCAUAUAUUCCUUUGAAAACGUGUUUCGUUUCCAUCGAGGCUAUGGCUGGAAAAAAAUUUUUGAGCAGAUACACGAUAAUUUUAAUGUACAAACAACUACUUCGAGUAAGCCAACUACGAUUGGUUUAAAACUUUAGAUUGUUAGUGAUCUAUAGCCUAACCGUUAGGUUGUCCAACAGACAAACAAUCAAAAUAUGAGCAAUUAUUACGUGCUUUAUUCUCUGAUUCUAUCCCUGUUUCAAUAGCUGUUAUUUCCAUCGCCAACAAUAUAAAUUGCUUUGAAAGUGCAUUUAAAAUAACUCGCGAUAAUAAUAGCGUGCAAUUGUUACUUGGUCAACAAUCCAAACACUUCAUAAUAAAUUUCAACUACAGUCA